AUGGGGUCUAUAGGGGAUCUGGGAAGUGGAAAGGUCCUGGGGAAAGAUGGGGUCUAUAGGGGAUCUGGGAAGUGGAAAGGUCCUGGGGAAAGAUGGGGUCUACAGGGGAUCUGGGAAGUGGAAAGGUCCUGGGGAAAGAUGGGGUCUAUAGGGGAUCUGGGAAGUGGAAAGGUCCUGAGGAAAGAUAAGGUCUACAUGGGGUCGGGGAAGUGGAAAGAACUUGUCACUAUGGAGAUUCCAAGUCAUAUUGUUGCUCCAGCUGGGAUUGAACUGAGGAGGUCUGAGGUUGACACUUCUCAAAUGGGAGCUUGGUGUGUGACACCCAUCGCCAAGGGAGCCAUCUUUGGGCCGUUUGUCGGAGAGAUUGUAUACAAACACAAAGACAAUAACAUUGACUACAGAUUCGCUUGGGAGGUUUUUGAUCUGGAGAAGAAUGAACUGUCACACAUCAUAAAUGCCACAGAUCCAAUGAAGGGAAACUGGAUGCGUUACGUCAACUGUGCCCGCUUCCUGGAGGAACAGAAUAUUGUAUCAGUCCAGGACAACGGUCAAGUUUUUUACAAGGCAAUCCAGGAUGUUGAUCCAGAGAAGGAGUUACUCACUUGGUUCCAACCUUUCAAGAAACGACGUAGACGCAGGAAGAACACAAGUGUGGAUGAUAAAACUCCAGAUGUCGCUGUUCCUGUCAAAACUACCAGCAAAUCUCAGCCCAAGGUCAAAACUCCAAGCAAGGCUAAAUCUGUUGCUAUGGAAACAGAAACAUCUACAACAAAAUCAUCCUCGUCCAAAAUCAUGAAGGAGGCAACAUCAACAGAAUCAACUACAGCAAAGUCUGUUGUGGCUGCAACACGACCAGUAUCCAUAACAACUAACGCAUCCACAGGAAAUUAUAUAGACUCGCCAAUCGAGAUUCUGGACACGAAGAGACAACGAAAGAAGAAAAAAUUAUUUGACGAGGAAAUACUUCUCACAGACCUCGUUUUCAAGAAGAAAAGACGCCGGCGUAGUAAGGAAGAGAUCGAGCGAGAUGCGAUUGAGGCGGCCCUCAACGCACAAACCAAAGUAAAACGUAAACGUGGUCGGAAAAAGAAAUCUGAGAUGAUCGUCAAGGAAGACAUCCCAGUGGAGCCCCGAGAGGACGAUGAGGAACAUGGGGGUCGGGAAGACAGUCCAAUGAAAGCUUCUCCUGUUCUGGAAAAUUUAGAAGAAGUGGAAGGAAAUACAGUUGAUAGCUUGGAAAAAUCCUGGACCUAUCCGGAUAAACAUCUGGAAUACCAGUUUUCACUUCGUCCCCACUUCGGCAUCACACAGAACGGACGGCGUGUAUACAGGUGUGAUGUAUGUGCUGGUGUUUACAAACACACUUUCAGUCUAAAACGACAUUAUCUCCGUAACCAUAUCAACUGUCGCUACCUCAGUCGUGCUGACAUCACAAACUGCAUGAUUCUGAGUGGUCAACAGCAGCUUGCGAUUCUCAAAUCAAAUAAGAAAGACCUGCUCCAAAAAAUUGAUGAAACAUUGUCUCAGACUACGAAUGACGAUGGAUCAAAGGAAAAAUCAGAGACCAAAUCGGAAGAUGCUAAACAGGAAGCUACAGUGACGGACCCAAAAGACGGAAAAAUUGAAGCAGAUUACACUAAAGCUACUGAUUCAGCACAUAAUUCAGUGACAGAUUCCACAGAACAGAAUUCACAGAAUCAUCAGGAUGAGGAAGCAAGUGAGGAAGUCAAAAUCAAAAACGAAAACUCAACUGAAGAAUUGCCAGAAGAUGAAAUGCAAACGUCUUUGCCAUCGAUGGCCGGACUUUACAAGUGCAACAUAUGCUAUAAACUCUUUGAUGAGAUCGAGGCCCUGAAACUGCACACGCAGGACCACCCGAAAGUUCCUGAUGUUAAAGGUUUUGCUUGUGACAGAUGUCACAUGAGAUUCACAUACAAACAGAACCUAGUACGACAUCAGAUGGUGCAUGACGGCGAAACAGACCGAACAGCUAAAUCCCUGCCAACGACGCCGGUAAAAUCAAAGCCAAAGCUUGGAGAGAAGAAAGUACCAGUUAUUGGGAAGCCAUUUAAGUGUCCUCGAUGUCCAAUGAAGUUCAAAUACACGACAAACUUGGAACGUCAUGAGGCCUUGCAUUUUGCUGAUCGCUCAUUCAUUUGUUCCUACUGCGGGAAAGGAUUUCCUUCUGCCACAAACAUGAAGAAACAUGAGCAUAUCCACCUAGGAAGCAGAGUUCCAUGCAAAUACUGCACAGCCGUUUUUGUCCACGUUGGAAGUCUCCGAAAGCAUAUUCGAUUAGAGCAUCCAGACAUCCAUCGCCAACGCCUUCUUAAAUUGUUGGAGAAACGAGGAAAACUUGGAACAAAGGCUGCGCGUACCUUACAGGAAAGUUACAACAAAGACGGUUCAUCAACCUUCCAAAAAAAGCUCACUGGGUCGUCGCAAAUUGUCCAACGCAUGAAAAUAAUCAAAGAAGGAAAAGUGCCUAUGAGGGAUGAAUCGGACUCAAAAUUUAAAUUUUCUUGUUUGAUUUGUAAGAAGAGAUUUUCAGCUUACGUCAACAUGUGUCGACACAGAAGAUUGGCUCACAAAGAUAGCAGUGAGAUACCAAGGAUUUGUCAAAGUGAAAGUACUAAAACUGAAGAGUCGGUGCCAAGCCCUGUCAAACCAAAACGUCAAUUGUCGAGACUUAGGAUACUUAUGGGCAGUCCGAAAAGAGAUGAGGAACCAAUUGUGUUCGAAACCGCCAACGAUCCAAUCGAUGAUUCUCCCGAAGCAAAUGUGAACUUUUAUGCCAAUGUUGCGGCCAACAUUGCAGAAAAUCUCACAAGUUAUAUCGACGGUGGUGAGGCCUCUAUGGCUCAAUUUAAGAAGCAUAUCAGAAUAAAGGACUAUGAUUCUGUGUUUACCACUGUAAAAGAGGAGAAAUGUGAAGAGGUGGAAAAUUCUGAUGUUAAGGAUGAAUUUCAAUGGGAAAAGUUCAACUUUCCUCAAAACUAUGAUCCUAAAGUGAUAUCUGAAAAUUUUGUCGAUCUGACAGAGUUAGCUCCCCUGAAUAAGGAGACUAUGCCAGAGCAAGUUGAAGAUGACCCUUCUUACAAGAAUAAGGCACCAGCUCUCUGUACACGGCGUAGGACAUCAAGGGAAGGAUUGUCAUCCACGGAAAGUUCACGCGAUGGAUUUGAAUCUAGUCACUUCAGACAAAAGGAUGAAAAACCUGAAAUAAAAACGGAAAUAAAAACAGAAAUUAAAGAUGACAACAAGGAUGAUGAAACUAUGAAUAAAACAUGUGACAGGGAGAGAGAAAAAGAUGACAAGUCUGAUAAAAUAGAAAACAAAUCCGAUAAAGAGGAAAAAUCAGAUGACAAAUCCGAUAAAGAGGAAAAAUCAGAUGACAAAUCCGAUAAAGAGGAAAAAUCAGAUGACAAAUCUUAUAAAGAGGAAAAAUCAGAUGACAAAUCCGAGAAAGAGGAAAAAUCAGAUGACAAAUCUGAUAAAGAGGAAAAAUCAGAUGACAAAUUAGAUAAAGAGGACAAAUCAGAUGACAAAUCCAAUAAAGAGGACAAAUCAGAUGACAAAGAGGAGGUUACUAAAGCAGUAUUAAAACUUCCUCUGAUAAUGUGUUUGAAGCCAACAGCUAUCAAAAGUGAGCAGGGUUCUGAGACACAUAACAAGGAUUCCUGUGAUAAAAAUGAAUUCAAAGAACAUUUUGAAGAAAAAAACUGUGAGAACAAUAUUGAGGAUUCCAUGAAUCCAUGCCCUGAGUUAGUAAAAAAUGAUCUUUUAGACUCUGGAUCAUCUGAAAGCUUGUCAAAAGCAGAACCAGCUCAGACAAAAGAAGGAAAUGACAAUGACAGCAGUACAAUAGAAUGGAUAAAAGACAUGAAGACAACCUUCAAAAUGACUGACAGUUGUUCCGAGAACAAAGAAAUUUGCCCUGUUACAGAAGAUGAAAAGACAACAAAAUCUACAGAACUGUGCAAGGCAGAGGUAAUAGAUCAGGAAAAACGUGAUGAUGGUGUUGAAUUAAACAAGGAUUCGAAUCAAGGCUUACUGAUAUCUAACGUUGUGGGUGGAAAAGAAGUGGCAGAACUUUGGUGUCACGAAACACUCAGCAACAGCAGCCCAGAUAAUCUCGAAAAUAACACUGUCGACAUGAACAGAAGUAGUAACGACACUGAGAAUGCGUGCCAGAGCGAAGAGGGUGAUAAUAGUGGAUACAGUAGUCCAGGAGUCUAUAAUCCUCCACUCUCCCCCGAUUCGGAGUCAGAUCUGGAUUUCAGUAACUAUGGUACUGUUUCACCAGCACAACUCAUUCAAGGUCUCAAUUUGGCAAAGGCACGGCAGAACUGGCAGGAAAACAACAACAUCGGAACACAGGAUGACAGAAUGUUAUCUGCAGAACGUAUUUACCGGAGUCUGCUAAAGCUCAAAGACGACCCAAAUCAAUCGGAACAGCAUAGUCCGCUACACAACUUUGAUUCAAUAGCAUUUGGGAAAUUUGGUAAACGUACGUACGUUUGUUCAGUGUGUAUGCGACAUUUUGCUGAUAAUGAGGCGGUAUUGCGACACCAAUGGAAGAAACAUCCUCUUGUUGCAUGUCAUACGUUAGAGAUCGAAGAUGGCCACAAUAUUGAAUAUCUCUAUUACACACAGCCAACCAAUGUUGGAAUUCUUGGUGCAUGCAGCAAGGCGCUGGAGAAUGUUUUGGAUCGUAAUAUGUACACCUGUACAAGGUGUAAUGGCAGUUUCAAAAAUAUUGAUCGACUGCAUAUCCACAUCAUGAAUUGUGCCCCAAAAUCUGUUGUGGAGUCAGAAAUACAAGAACGACUGCCACGGAAACGUAAGCGGAAAUUUCCAAAGAAAUUUAUUGGAAUGGAACUCGAGUCUAAAGAUAACGAACAGCAAGAACGAGACAAACUGGAGGAACUCAGUAGAAACUACAUUGCAAAGUUAAAAGCUCAGAAAAAAAUAUUCUUGGGUUGCAGAAAGCGCAAGAUAGUUGAUCUACCACUCAACGAAAAUCCCAAUGAUAACAAAAUGAGGCGACGUCGUAGUUACGAAAUUGGAUACAAUCCUGGCAAUCAUGUGCGUCGUCGCGAAAUGACAGAACUUUUGGACACACAUCAGUGUAAAGGGUGUGGGGUGAAAUUCAAGUCAAUCUCGCUGCUAGAAAGACACGUACGCAAAUGUGAUGGCAAAGACAAGUUCAAAGACUUGAAGGUCAUGAAGUCCACCGUAAAUGAAAGUUUUCAUAAAAAACAUAAACAGAUUUGUCUUUAUUGCCAGCGUGGCUUUGCCUACCCAAAAACACUCAUGAAUCACUAUCGAGCCUUCUGUGUGGUGAAAAAGGACAAAGUUAUGAAGGGUACAUUGAGUGAAGCGGAACGCAUCACAGAGGCGGAGAUGAUAGUGAGGCUCAAACAGCAGGAUGAGGAUCGGAAUGAGGCUGUGUCUGUACAUCACAUGGAGGAGGUCGAAGGCCACAGGAAGGGUUGGCCGAAAGGACUCAAGAGAAAAUCUCGACGUAAAAAUCACUGUUGGACAUACAUAAAGAAGCGCAAAUCAUCAAAUGAUGCUCCUGACAAUGAUGACGAUGAUUUGUCGGAGACAGCUUCUCAGAUGUCUUCAGAUUCACCAUCAAAAUGUAGUGAUUCAUCUUCUUUAAUAUCCGAGGCAAUGUCAUCUCAGAAAUCCUUGGAAUCUUUAAAACUGUUAGAUUUUCCUGACAAGACAACAAAUUUAAGUGGCUCUUUUAAGGAACAUCGGGAAACAUCUGCCUCAACAGACUGCGAUGGAAAUCCAGUUUUGAUCAAAAUUGAGCCUCUUGAUAACUUUGAUGUUGCGAAGCCAGAGGAAAGUGUUGAUGAAACAAAACUAGAACAAAAGCAUAGUGGUAGUCAGUGUACUAGUCAAAGUAUGGGAAAGAUUGCAAAACAGGUCACUGAGAACACUUCUGCAAAUGGAGGUCAAAGGACCAAAAGUGCUGUGGUAGAUGGAAGCCAGAUCGGACAAGAUAAGUCGGAGUGUAAUCUAGUCAAGUAUAAUGUUGAUACAGUGUCACCGGCUACAGAUCGACACUUACUGACUCUGAAGCCAGUGUUAGACGGGCCCUCGUCUCAAACGAAAUGUCACGGAGGUGAUGAAUCGCCUUCGAAAGUCUCACAAGAAAGUGAUUUGGGAUCUACUACAAACAAAUCUGUAUACAAAUCUCCAAAGAAAGUGAAAAAGAACAAAUCAGAACAAGAAAAAGUGUCUUCAAUAAAUGUGGUUAAAACAGAGCCAGUCAUCCCUAGUCCUGCAUCAUCACUGCCAAUGCUUUCAUCACAGAAAAAGAUUGAUACUGAGUUAUCAUCAAUCAAUACACUCUCCAGUCAACAGACAGUUUUGCCAGCUAUGGAUGCAAAAGUUCCAAUUGAUGCGGCCAUUUCCAAAUCUCCAGCGAAAAAAACAGGGAAAAAAAUUGUUAGUAAACCACAAAUUGCAAAACAAGAUUCUACUGUGCCACAAAAGCAGAAUUCAAAGGAUUUAUCACUGAAUGAGGAAAAGGGCAAGAAGAGUCCAAACAAGUCAAAAGGAUCUAGUGCCAAAAUAUUGCCAACAAAAGUUGAAAAACGUUCCCCAGUAGUCCUCAACUGCCCUGAUCUAUCGAAGAUGGUUGGGAAAGGAGAUUUGACAAAAAAGACUAACCCACGAAAAACAAAGAAGUCAGAAUUAAAGGGAAUCAAGACACCAUCACAUCCAAUCCAGAGUCCUGCUUCUUCAGUAGUAUCCAUCAAAUCAGAAAUACAAAAGGAGUCUUACUCUAGUGAACUCGUACUUAAAGUUAACUCUGAUUAUGUACAGAUAGGCCAUCAAAGUGAAUCGGUUAGUGAAUCAAGGCCUGUGUCAUCAACUCCCUCUAAAAAACCUAAACCUCUAUCACAAGAAAAUCAAAUGUUACAUGCAUCUACAGAACUUAGCAACGGAUUGCCUCCAAAAAUAAUUUCUGGUCUUCCAAGGACCAAUGAUACAGCAAAAAUGGAAUUUAUCAGAAACGAGCCAUCUGGAAAAUCAAGUGGUCCAGGGUCAUUGGCAAAAUGUGAUGCUGUUCCAGCCAAGGUGUUGUGCAAAGUGGAUAAAUUGAACAAGGUGGGUGAAGAGGAUACGAACAAGGGUCAUUUAAAACCACAGCAAGUUAUUGUUCGUUUAGGGUCAGAACAAUUUUGUGUUGCUCUACCAAAUCCUGCUAUAUCAUCAGUUUUAAAUAGCACGUCUAAAGCAAAUAAACAAAUCAUAGCCAAAACUGGAGACGAAUCUGUUGGAAACAAGGAAUCAAUGGAGACAACUCUUCCUUCUGAAGAUGAGAAAAAGGAAAAAAGUACAAAAAUAAGUGAUCAGAUUAAGAUAACUGGCAACACUGCAACAACACCAGUGUGUCCGCAGAAAACUGCACCGAAAAUGUCAAAGGUUUUAAUGGAUUCUGGGAAAAUUUCAAAGGUACGGUGGCCAGUGAAAAAAUCACAGGUGAAACUGGAUGAAGGUGGUUUGGCCAAAGGGAAUUCGCCUGGUGCUGUAACAUCUACACACACCGGGAAUGUGACAUCUCAUAGUAGUGAAGGAAAGGAACCAAAGAAAAGCAACAUGAAUACUACUGACAAAUCACCAAAAAAACAACAAAAACAAACCCAAAAACAACAAAAACAAAAGCAACAAUCAGAAAAUGUUCACAGGAAUCCAAAGAAACAGUAGACUCUCUGAAGGAAGGACAAACAGGAACUUCAGGAUUACCAGUUGGCAAUGGCCAUGUCAGUCUUGAAGUUCCCAAUCAACUUAAUACCAUUUCUCAGUCAGUGAAUUCAUCAGUAGGAGGUGACUCUAGGAAAUCUGCAGUAGAGUCAUCAACCAGCAAAACACUUUCAGUGAGUAAGGCACAAGGACCGAGUCCCGAAAAUACUACAUUGUCUAGUUCAGCUGUAUCACAGUCAGACAAAAUAGUCAAAUCUCCACGGAAGCGCCGUAAAACGGCACCAAAAAUGGAUAUCUCAAUUCCCGAAUCGAAAGCCACCAAAUGUGUUCAGAAUAGUGCUAAGCGUUCUUUGUCUCCUGACAGGAUGUCACAUGCCCAGGGGUCAAAGGUCAAUAUGUCAACUGACAAAGUAUCUAUAGACAAUGCAAUAGAGGUUACGACGUCAGUUGACAAGGUGUCAAAUAACAAGAAAUCUAAGGUUGAAGUGCCAAAGGUCGAAUUACCAGCCAAUACGUUAAACGGUUCUGUUGACGAAUUUGACCAGCUUGCGCCAAUGAAUAAUUUGCUACAACUUGCAUGCAUUGCUACGGAUGUUCUCAAGAGUGUUGUCGCUUCAUCUGAUGAGGAGGAAAGAUCAUCUACACACAAAUCUAAAACAAGUUCAUUCUGUAGUGAAUCUGCCAAGAAGCAUUCAACACCCCAGUCAUUACCUUCUGACUCGACUCCCAAACUGAUUGUUCCAGAUUCAACUUGUGUUAAACAGAAAAUGACAAAUCAUGCCAGUUCUUCUCAUACAACAAAGACACCAAAUCCGUCUUUAAGUGUAAAGCCGCUAAAUUCAACAGAAACACCAACAAAGUUGGAUAUCUGUGGUUCAAAUACUGGAUUGAGUGUUUUUCCCAUGUCUACAAACCCAGUUAAGCCUAGUCCAAGAAAGAAGCGAGUCUCGCGGUCGCCGAUGAAAUUAGCAACAAGGGAGGAACUUCUUAAUAAGUGUGGCUUAUCACCACACACUGAAAUGUUCACAAAUACAGUUUUCUGUUAAGGGAGAUAAUCCAGGACUUUUAUCUAAGGGAGAUAAAUCUGCAACGUAACUGAGGAAGUAGGCUGGGGGAAGGGGCUACUGUAUUUAUCUUGUGAUAAGCCCACCAUUUAGAAGUAUUUUCAUUGAACUGCUAUAGACAUGAAUGGGAUUUUUAUCAGACAUGGACUUAUUACUGGAUAAAUACAGUAAAAUAUGGACGAUACACUGACAAUGAUAUCAUUGUGAAGUACGGAUAUUUCAUUGAAUGUUCAUUUUAUUUGCAGAAUUUUGAAUUGUGUUCAACAUAAUUGUUCGUGUUCAAGUCCAAAUCCUAAUUAAUGUGUUGUGUUUAGUUGAAAUCGGACCAGUGAACUUUGAUUAACUUUUUUUAAUACAUAUAUCGGUAACAUAUUACAUAUUUCACUCUUUAUACCGAUAAUUUAGUUCUAAAGAAUAUACAUUAACUUAAUAAUGUAUCAUAUUUAUCCUGCAAUAAGCCGAGGGCAAAAAAUGCAACCUCAAAGUUAUGGAAUGAGCUUAUCACUGUGACAGGACAAUGAAAUUCAAACCAUUUGUUGGUCAUUGUAUUGAACAGUAAUAUAUAUGGUUAGCCUUAUUUUCAGUCAUUCACUUAUUGCCCAAUCAACACAGCAUCAAAUUUGGUUUGAAUUUAAGGCCAUAAUGAAGUAUUAAUGUUGUAAUCGGGCAUGUGAGCAAAUAUUUUGAUUGAUCUCGGUCUGUUAUAGCAGUUGUCUUGUUUGUUUGAUUCAUAUCAACUUAUUUAAAUCUGACUCCAAAUGUAGUUAUGAAGAAGGAAAAUAUUGGAAUAUAAAGUGCUUUUUUCUGUGAUAUUGAUGUUGUGGAAGUUCAAAUAUUAAAUGAUUUUAUGGUAGGAAAAAAAACUCACUAUCAGGAAUAUUGAAUGUCAAUAUGAAAUAACAUUUUGGAAAGCAUUACAUAAUUAAUCAAUUUAAUUAAAGCAGAAAUGUUGAUUAAUUACUAUUUCUUUAUUUUUAAUCGACAAAUUGUUAUUGACAAAAUUCGUUACUGGCAGACAGUGAAUCAAAUCUUAAGUACUUCAAAGUAACUGUGGCCAACGUUUCUAAUAGAAGACUUAAGAUAUUUUGGAAAGUCCACAAAAAUUAAAUCUGAAUUUUUCGUUUUAAAUUUGUGAUAUUCGAGAUUGUUACCAUAACAUAUGUGGUAUGUAUGUCCCAGUCCAUAUGUAACUUUUGACAAUUCAAAACAGAUUGGUGAUCCAAUUUUUGUGACAUUUUGAAUUUCUAAAUUUUGAAAAAUUACAUAAAAUAUGUACUUGUUUGUGUUUCUGUACUGAAACCUGAAUCCGUAUUUAUGUAAUAUUGGAAUUUAAAACCAGCUGAUUUAUGUUUUCUAUUUUGUGAAUGUUGGAACUGUUCUUAUACAGGAGGUUUGCUAUUUUGUGAAUGUUGGAACUGUUCUACGACAGAAUGUUAGCUAUUUUGUGAAUGUUGGAACUGUUCUUAUACAGGAGGUUUGCUAUUGUGUGAAUGUUGGAGCUGUUCUAAGACAGGAGGUUUGCUAUUUUGUGAAUGUUGGAGCUGUUCUAAGACAGGAGGUUUGCUAUUUUGUGAAUGUUGGAGCUGUUCUUAUACAGGAGGUUAGCUAUUGUGUGAAUGUUGGAACUGUUCUACGACAGAAUGUUAGCUAUUUUGUGAAUGUUGGAGCUGUUCUACGACAGAAUGUUAGCUAUUUUGUGGAUGUUGGAACUGUUUUAAGACAGGAGGUUUGCUAUUUUGUGAAUGUUGGAGCUGUUCUAAGACAGGAGGUUUGCUAUUUUGUGAAUGUUGGAACUGUUCUACGACAGAAUGUUAGCUAUUUUGUGAAUGUUGGAGCUGUUCUAAGACAGAAUGUUAGCUAUUUUGUGAAUGUUGGAACUGUUCUACGACAGAAUGUUAGCUAUUUUGUGAAUGUUGGAACUGUUCUAGCUAUUUUGUGAAUGUUGGAACUGUUCUAGCUAUUUUGUGAAUGUUGGAGCUGUUCUAAGACAGAAUGUUAGCUAUUUUGUGAAUGUUGGAACUGUUCUAGCUAUUUUGUGAAUGUUGGAACUGUUCUAAGACAGAAUGUUAGCUAUUUUGUGAAUGUUGGAACUGUUCUAGCUAUUUUGUGAAUGUUGGAACUGUUCUAACUAUUUUGUGAAUGUUGGAGCUGUUCUAAGACAGAAUGUUAGCUAUUUUGUGAAUGUUGGAACUGUUCUAGCUAUUUUGUGAAUGUUGGAACUGUUCUAAGACAGAAUGUUAGCUAUUUUGUGAAUGUUGGAACUGUUCUAGCUAUUUUGUGAAUGUUGGAACUGUUCUACGACAGUAAUACUGUUCUGUAUAUUAUAAUGUUGACAAAGUUGUUGAGGGUAUUUUGUGGUUACUGUUCAUGUUCAGUGAUUGACAAAAGAUAUUCAUUUGUGGAAAGAAAAAUAUCAACAUGUUCAAAUAAUAAAGAAAUAUUCCAAAGAA